GUCGUAAUGUCCCCAUCUGUGACUGUUGUCGAAUGAGAAUUGUCCCAAGGCCUGCAAAACAGGCUGGUAAUGCUGUAUCCCCUGCACAUCAUCUCUGGGUGCAAGGCUGAGCGAGCUUCAUGGUCGUGCCAGAAGGGAGUACGAGUAUAUGCCUCGUCGUCCAUAUACUCGAGUACAUGCCCAUCCCAUGACUGAAGUUCUGGCCAUGAUAUGAGUCUUCGUUUCAUCUUUCUCUCUUCCAUACACCUCAUCUUUUUUUUGUGUCUUUGUCGCAAUUCCUUCCAGCUUCCCGUGUUGCUGUGUCCAAGUUACCGUCGUUACCUUUGUCUUCAUUAUUGUUGCUCGAAAGAACCACCUUCCUAUUGUCACCCCACCUAUUGUUUCCACUCUAAAAUAGGGCUCAACACAAUAGCUUGCCUUUGUCACAUUGUACCAUUUAGAACUUCCUUCGAUACAUCUUAUUCAUUAUUGUCUUUUUCUGUCUUCCGGUCAUUCCUUCCUCAUUCACAACAAAAACUAUAACGAACGAGCUACCUACUUUCACUCACUUGCAAACUUCGCAAACCACUACAAUAAAUACAACAUUUUCGAAUCAUCGAUCCGUACUUAUCAGCUGGAUUAAUUUUAGAUAUCAAUUCUCCGCCCCUGCAUAUCUUUCAAUUCACAUAUGUCUGCCGUAAUUGGCACGAACGCAAAGUCAAAUGGCGACUCGAAAGGCCUCACGGCAGGCUCCGCAACGAAUCCUUUCGAAACACCAUUUGACGACGACGAUAGCGACAGCGAUGCUUACGAAUGGUGGGAAGAUGUAGAGUCUACAUCACCGAAAAACCAAAAAUUGCACGAAAAUAAUGGCGGAUCGAACGGGAGAUCCCUAAAUCGAAGUACCACCCGAAAAGUGGAAAAGAAAUACUCCGUUCACAAACCCAUUCGACAUAAAUCCAGAGGGAGACAGAGAAAACAAAAUGCACAGGCAGGGAUUAAAUUGGUAACGGAUUUCUCUGCAAGGCAGAAUCCAACACCAGCACAGUUACCAGCCCAGAAACCGAAUGCCCAGGGGGGCUGUUUUGUUGAUCUAGCGGCCCUCGAAGCUCUCAAUGGCGGGCCAAAACCCAAAGCCAAGACUGGCGGAUUCUGGAAGACACUGAAAAAUAAAGUAGGUGGUAUUCUUUGAGUCUUAUUUCCUUUUGGUGUAUUUCAAGCAGGUCUUGAAACCUCAUAUAAUGAUAAAAUUGAAAUGCUGACUCCAAGAUCUUCCACAGCCAGCCGAUGUGUCCGCACAAAACCCAGUUCCAAGUGAGGUAGCUCUCGCACCUAGACCCCACGAUCCAUACGUUGAUCUAUCACCAAGUGACCGACCGAUAUUUAUUGGUCUUUCCAUUCCUUCCCGAGAUGUAUCCAUGCACCAACCAAGUCCUCAGACAGCUUCCUCUGAGACCUCAAAUAUCGUCCAAAGUUAUCAACAUCGAACCCCGAUAAUAGAAACCCCAACAAUUAUCAUUACACCUGCAAAUGAAGGAUCUACUUGGUCCCCUUUUGAUGAAGGUAGUUUGUACAAUGGACAAAAAUAUUCAGCCACUUCGAGCUUCUACUCUCAAGUCAGCACUGAGCAUAACACGGCUGCUGCUCCUCCUGUGCCAAAGGUUCCCAAUAAUAUUCUCAAAGAAGAGCAGCAGCGCAUUGCAGCGCAAAAGAGCUGCUUUUCUCCAGAUACCGAAGAUGGAACCACUUGGGAGGAUGAGAGUGUCAGAUCUCGUGUGGUUUCCUCAUGCACCAUUUUUGAAGAAGAUGUUAGUCCUAUCGUUGUCAGAACGGCACGUGGAGUCUCAGUUUCUGAUGGCUCAAAAUCUGGGAGACGUGCGAGCGUUGGAACGACUGCCACCCCGGCUACACCACGCCGGUAUUCAAAAGGGUGGUGGAAUUAUAUUACAACCCCAUUUUUAACACGAUCAAAUACAUUUGCAACAAACGAUGCUCCAACUCAACAACCUCCUGCUCUUCCGAAUUUAGCAAUUGCUGCUGCGAAGGCUGAGAAUGAGAGAGAUGGGAAAACAUGGGAGAAGCAAUUUUCUCCACUCACGCCUACAACGACAACAACCAUUCAGUCAGAUACAUGGUGGAACGCAGACCCGAAGUCUGCCGUCCAAUCACCGGUUGACAGUAUGUUGGGACACAAGACCCAGGUAUCUGCAGUCACAGUGCCUUUUGUCUUUUCUGGCGAUGCGCCAGUUUCUCCGCGUUACCCAGAGAGUCCGGUUCCUAGCUUGCCAUCAUCAGGGCUUGAUAUUAGUGAUAGAGAACUUCCGGUAUCGCCCAUAGAGAAUAAUAUGCGGGGUUUACAGAGCAACAACCCAUUCGGACGGCCUCAAUCAUCUGAUAUGAAUGAGUCUUCUAUUUCAUCCAGAAGACAAGCCGUGCAACCUGCACCUGUGGUUGUGAUGCAGCAGCAACCUCAAACUUUGAUUGUCAACAAUGUUAAUCAUGUUCACCAAUCUCCAUCAAAUACUCCCCCACCAGCUUACUCACCUCCACCAUCUCAUAUCCCGCGGUAUAGAGCAAUUUUCCCUCCAGGGCACGCCCUCAAUAUGGAACAACCAAUGUCGCCUGGCCCCCUAACACCAGGAAUGCAAAAUUCCAUGGCGGGCCCAGGAGCAGUUCAGAUGGACAAUGUUCCAUUAACGCCAGCUCGUUCAACAAUCAAUCUGAACUCUUCUUAUCCAGCACUUCCCCCGAGAGGCAAUGCGCCUAUCAUUGCCGCUUACUUACCGCCUCCGACCAAACAUGCUAAGAAAGCAGAAGCGAAACGUAGACGACACGAAAAGGAAGAUGCUGUCGCUCGUAGAGCUGGAGGCUGGUGGCGUGGUCGAGGUUGUGUCCCAAAGAGAGGUUGCUAUGGUCGUGGUGGAGCUGAAGGACGAAAGAAGCGACGUUGUUGCAUUGGAAUAAUCAUUGGAUUCUUGUUGGUGAUUAUCCUGGCAGUUGUAUUGGCAACGCAACUUCAUCGAAAACCUAGCUCGGGGAUUGAGACAUCUCAAUGGGUCAAUUUGACUGGAUUUCCUCCAAUUUUUGCCGGUCUUUCUACUAUUGUAGCGCCUGUCAACACGGUUGAAAAUACUGGAUGCGUCUUUCCAGCUACCCAGUGGAGUUGCAGUUUACCCAAAGAACUUCAAUCAUCUGUUGCUCCAAAUCAACCCAAUCAGCCCAAUUUUCUACUGGAUAUUCAGUGGGAUAAUAGCACGGAGACAAAUGCUACUUUUGCCAAUGUUACUGGGAAUCCAAAUCUUCCUAUCCGUGCUCUAGGUGGUAACGCUGUUUCUGCUGGUCAAUUUGUUAGACGGAUACUUCUCAGAGCCAAAAGGGCAAUCACUAUUGUACCCUCACCAGCACCACCUUCUUUCGCUGAUGGUUUCUUUCUCGGAAAUACCACAGAUGGGAUUGUUUCAGACCAAAAGGCUGGGGAGCCAACGCCAUUCUACAUCUCUCUUCUACAACCCGAGAAAUCCAAUUUCACGAAGCGCGCUUUGGCUACCAGACAAUCAAACACAUCCGAUCCAUUCCCAGAUCUCGAUAUCAUCAUCCCAGCACCAAGCUCCGACUCAGAUGGCACAGCAGCACCAGCCAACCUACUACCUUUUCCCACACAACAACCAAUCCGCCUUUACGACCGUGGUCUCCCAACCGAACACUAUGGUUUCUACACCUACUACGACCGCUCCAUCUUCCUCAAAUCCAUCGACCUCCUCAACGCCACCAACGACCUCAACGGCGAAGUCCCCGCUGAUCGAAACGGCGGCGCCACCAAGAACGAAGCCCAGUUCCGUUGCACAUGGACCCAAACACGCUUCCUCGUCCAAAUCUGGACACUUCAAAACACCACUGCCCAACUCCUAAACUCCACCUCGACUCAUACCCCCGUGGAUCUAGCACAUGAUUACAGCCAACCUGGCUCUUUCCCGUAUCCUGUCACUGUGACUGUGGAUCGACACGGGGGCGAUCCGCGGACGAAAAUGGUAUACUGUUAUAAGAUUGAUGAGCGAGGGAGGAAUGUGGGUGGGAGUGGGAAGAUCAUGCAGGAGCAGAGGUUCUUUGGUGGGGGUCUGGUGAAUCCUGCGAAUGUGCUUUUUGGGAGUGAGAUGGCGGAUCCGGCGCUGGGGGGGGUUGAUGGGGNUGGGGGGGGUUGAUGGGGGGGAUGGGGGGUGUAAGUGUAAGUGGGAUAAUUUUGAGGGGAGGAGGUGAGGUUGGUGAUGUGGAUGAGGGGGUAUGAAUUUAUGAGGGGAUUUAGGAUUUGGUUUGGGUGGAGAGGAUAGGAAGGAGGGGGGAGUAGGGGAUUAGGGAUGACGGAGGUAAAAUGUAUGUUUGCAUGGUCUUGUUUCUUUUUUUCUGGCGUUUUUUUGGGACAUUGGUUGGGCAUUGCGAUUGGUGUUGGGAUGAAUUGUUUGGGCAAAAGUAUGAAUAUGGGCAUGUGAAAUUCCAAAAUAGUAUAUAGAGAGUAAUGAAAGACAUGGGAUAUCAUCCUCUUGUUCGUUUUCUUGUUGUGAGAAUGGUAGGACUAAGAGUUUGGAUGAUUGGAUAGAGGAUUGAGGAAGUGAGGAAGUGGGAGCUUGGUAGUUUACUGAUAAAGUAGUGAGGGUCAGGAGGAGGUUGAUGAUAAAUUAAGUGAUGUAUUUACCCAGAUUCAUAGAUAUGGAAUUUUGUUUGGUUGGUAGAGUCUUGAGUCUAGAGUCCAGGUACAGUACAACCCCUUCGCAAAAGUAGCAAGAAAGUUUUAUAUGCGUAUAGGCCCUUUUGUACAGUUUUGUGCAUUUCAGUAGUUUUUUAUUGCAUUCCUACUAUUAUAGCGUUCUAGACUAACUUUUCAGCUUCAUGCUUCGAUCAUCUGGCCUUAGGGUUAGGGUUAAAUAGCAUAUAAGUGGCAUACCACCUUAGGACUAUACGUCAAGCUAAAAGUACCACCAUUUGCACCAAACCCUUGUUUCUGCCUACUUUUGCGAAGGGGCUGUACUGUAAGCUGUUUUCUGGUGUUUUUGUUUUGUUUCAUGGGUAUCCUACAAGUACUGUGAGUUCUUACUCUAAGCGAAGGUCCAAUUAGAGGUGAAAUAAACUCAAACAAUUCACAUCACAUAGGUAAACACAUUUUCCAAUAUCAACAUCUUCCUAAAUUCAGCCUUUAUCCUUCUGCUAUCUUCUUAUUUCCUAACUAAACUUGUCCAUACUUCUUUUACAACUUUCAAGCGAGGUUUCUAGGGUUUCUAGUGUGCACUAGAUGUGACUGGGUAAAUGCUAGAGUAUUCGCCAAGACCAAGGUUCCCCAGUUUAGGCGCCGGGAUGACCCUCAACUGGGUACCUCGGACAGCGCUCUCUGGGGUCAAGCACCUACCUAUAUUCAGGGCCAAGCUACUUAAGUUAGGCUUAUCUCACGACAUACAUCAACUUGUCGUCGUUGUCGUUCGUUCGCAACAAUUACGAUACACAUACAGAUACAAUUACGUCGUCCUAGAGCGUCUGCUUUCCAUAUUAAAAGACAAGAUUAUAUUCGUCAUACCCGCUGUCUUUAUCUUGUCAAUUGCUUGCUGUUCUGCGCAAUAUCGCAAAACCACCAGAUCAGGUUCAGGGAUCGCGAGGUUCCUUGGGAAAGGCAGGAAGAUUGAUUUGAAGGGACAGUGAAGGGAGGAUAUGCCUUCAAUCGCACAGGUACUGCAAGAUGGCGCGGGGGCGAAGAAGAGGAUGUGGGAGGAUGCGGAGAGCGUGGUGAGCGUGGUGAGGGUUUGUAGGUAGGUUUAUACGGACCUUUCUUUCUUGUACUGCUAGAGGGAGACACUACAACAAGGACAUGAACGAAUUGAAUGAAGGAAGAGCUGACCAAGAAUAGUCCUCAGCUAAAACACCAUCGCUCUGAAUCAUCACAAACCGACCACACCACCCUCCUGGAAGAAAAACAGCUCCAACACUUAGAAUACAAAGACCGCGAACGUAGAAUCCUACCUAUCUCCUCACGGAGAGAAAGCCAUAAACGCCAGCGUAUCGAGCGAGUCCCAUCUCAUGACGAGGUCAAUAUCGAUAUCGGGUCUUCCACCCCUCUCUCACCAAAGGGGGAUGCAGUCGAGAGGACAAUAGGGAGGCAACCACAAUCACAACCGCAACCACAAUCACCAGUCAAGAAAACAGAUCUUAGUCCGUGUCAUAUCUGUCAUCGCAAACCGACGCUCAAGGCGGAACUAGACUCUUUUGCGGAUUGUGGCGCGUGUAGAAGGAGGACGUGCUGGAUUUGUAUUCGGGAGUGUCUUGGUUCUGCAGCGGGCGUGGGUGCGGGGAGGGAUGUCGAGAUGGGGGAGGAGGGGGAUGCU